GCGAGGUGAAGCUGCUUUGGAGCUGUCCUCUCCAGCGGAGGUGCUGAAACGAGGAUUUUCACGUCAACCGACAGUGAACAUAUUCAGAAAGCAAUGCACAAACUGGGCUGCUAACUUUGUCAAAGGAUUGCUACUCCGAGGACGUUGUAUAACCAAAAGCGGGAUUGGAUUUACUUUGCACCAGUAAACAGUGUUGCUCGAAUUUUAAAACCUCAUUCGUGAAUCCCUUUCUGGAUCACUUGUAGUUGGAUACGCAGGAGGGUACUCAUGAGAGACUCAAGUAGAUGGUGGGCAGCUGUCCUGCUCUUGGGGUCAGCUCUGAUUGCGGAGGCACGUCCUGGCAAGGAAGGAUAUACCCCGUUGGCUUAUCGACCUCUCGUCAGAUUCCGUCACAAGCAGGACGGGAUCUCGGAGAGUUUACGGAUGAAGGGGUUCUUUGGUCAGAAUGGCUUCUAUGGACCCUGUGAACAUAAGUACUGUGGUUUGGGGAAGCACUGUGUGGUUGACAGAGAAACGGGUGAAGGAGAAUGCCAAUGUCUGGAACGCUGCAAACCACAUUACAGACCUGUGUGCGGAUCUGAUGGCAAACUCUACCAGAACCAUUGUGAACUUCACAGAGCAUCCUGCGUGGCCCAUCAGAGAAUAACCAUCAUGCACAGUGAGGAGUGUUUCUACAAAGAUGAUAACUGUCAUCUGGGAGAUUAUAAAAAAUUGAAGACCAAGAUGUUGGACUUACAUGCUCAGAGGUACUUGACCCCCAGUAACCAUAGCAGCCAUGAGAAAGAUAUGGCCACGAGGAAGCAUCUGGUCGACAUGAUGUUCAAGCGCUUUGACGCAGAUGGUAAUGGAAGAGUUGACAGCAGUGAGCUCUCACAGGUCAUCAAGCAGGAAGAUUUGAGUAGGACGGCAUCAGAGUGCACUCUGUUUGACCUGUUUAAAUACAACGACGUCAACGACGACGAACACCUAACUAAAGAUGAGUACUACGCAGCUUUUGAGGUCUAUCAGCUCAGCCUUCCUGAAGACCAGAAGCUGAGUGUCACCACGGUAACAGUGGGUCAGAGCGCCGUGCUCACAUGUGCCAUCACAGGUAACCAGCGGCCGCCAAUCAUCUGGAGACGUAACAACCAUGCCCUCAACAUGCUGGAGCUAGAGGAUAUUAACGAUUUUGGAGAUGAUGGAUCCCUAUACAUCACCAAGGUCACCACCACACACAUGGGCAACUAUACUUGUCAUGCAGAUGGUUACGUGCAGCUUUUCCAGAUGCAUACCCUGCAAGUUAAUGUACCCCCUGUUAUCCGGGUUUACCCAGAGAGUCAGGCACGUGAGCCAGGGGUCACAGCCAGUCUGCGGUGUUAUGCUGAGGGCAUCCCUGACCCACAGCUCUCAUGGUUGAAGAACGGAAUGGACAUCACCACAAAACUCUCCAAACAACUCACACUUCAGGCUAAUGGAAGUGAGGUGCACAUAAGUAAUGUUCACUUUGAAGACACCGGGGCCUACACCUGCAUUGCCCGUAAUGAGGCUGGUGUGGACGAGGACAUCUCCUCUCUGUUUGUGGAGGACUCCGCUAGGAAAACACUGGCAAACAUCCUGUGGCGAGAGGAAGGUCUGGGGAUUGGAAACAUGUUUUAUGUGUUUUAUGAGGACGGUAUUAAAGUCAUCCAACCAGUGGCCUGUGAGAUUCAGAGACACAUCAAACCCAGCGAAAAGCUUCUUGGCCUGCAGGAGGAGGUCUGUCCACAAGUUGAGGGGGAGAAAGAUCAGAAAUGUUUGUGGACAUCAGCAGUCAACGUGAAGGACAAGUUCAUUUACGCCACUCAACCUUUGCUGAACAGGUUGCUCAUUGUAGACAUCCAGUCCCAGAAGGCUGUGCAGACUGUAAGCACGGACUGGGUUCCAGUGAAGCUGCACUAUGACAAGUCUAAUGACCAGGUGUGGAUUCUGAGCUGGGGAGAUCUCAAGAAAAAUUUGCCAACUCUCCAGGUGAUCAGCCAGGCCAGUGGAAGCACAUCUCACCACACCAUCCACACUCAACCAGUUGGCCAUCGCUUCGACAGGGUGGAGGAUUUCUUCAUUCCACCUAUCAGCCUCACCAUCAAUCACAUUAGGUUUGGUAUCAUCCUCCACAAGAACGAACCAGCUCUUCAUAAGAUCGACUUGGAAACCACUUGCUACGUGAAGAACAUCAGUCUGAAGGAAUACGAUUGCAUCCCACAAUCCCUCGCCUACACACACUUGGGUGGAUACUACUUUGUCAACUGUCGGCCAGACUCUACAGGCGCGGUACGGCCACAAUUAAUCAUCGAUAGUGUAACGGACAAUGUAAUUGGUCCAAAUGGGGAUGUGAGCGGUACACCCUAUGUAUCUCCAGAUGGCCACUAUUUGGUGAGUGUGGAUGACCGUGACGGGCUAAUGCGCUUGCAGCCCGUGUCCGUGCGGGGCGAGAUUGGCCAACCCUUUGACAUUCACACCAACCUGCACCUGUCCGAUCUGGCCUUCAUGCCCUCGUUCACUGAGGCUAACCAGUAUAAUGUGUUUGGCAGCUCUGGCCAGCAGACUGAUGCUCUUUUUGUGGAGCUCAGCACCGGUAAUGUCAAGAUGAUCAAGAGUCUGAAGCAGCCCACAGCGCCGGCACAGUGGCCUUGGAACCGGCAGAACAGAGUCAUCACCGGCAGUGGGCUGUUCGGACAAUAUCUCAUGACCCCGUCCCAGAGCUCACUGUUUAUACUGGAUGGUCGACUGGAUAAGCUCAAUUGUGAGAUCACUGAUGUUCCCCUGGGAAAUACUGUGGUGUGGGUGGGGGAGCCGUAAGCUAUCUGAAAGGGACUUGAGAGCGAAACCAACAAACAAACUGGUAUAGUUGGACUGAAUUUGGUCUAUGUUUAAUUGAUUGAGAAAAAAAACAUCUCAAAGUUUGAAACAAAUAACAAAAUUGAAUGUUCAAAAACCUUUAUUGGAAAAGUGAACUUCAUCCAAACAAUUAAUGGGAAAUGUUUAUUUUGCAUAAGCUAGCCAGGUUUUCGACAAACAGCUAAUAAGUAUUUUCUCCAAAAACAUUAGGUGGGGUCAAGCUAGCACUGGUAUCUUUAAUUAAGGAAUUUUGCAAGAAUCACUUAGUUUGAAGAAAUUCUGAAUGGAUGAAUGUUUAUUCAUAAAAACAAUUGUUUAAUGCAAUUUUUGAAAAGUAAUAUUUCCUAAUUUCCCAACUAACACUUAAAAUACACAAACAAAAUGCAUUCUGCCCACUUUUUCCCAGUGCCUUGAAGGAAUACUCACUAAAAAAAGAAAAGUAAAAGUAAUGAUUUCCGUUGAGCCUAUGGAUUAAACCCUCCUUGGCUUUUUCACAUGCAGAGUGAAAACAAGAGCUACACUUAAAUUUCACCUGUUUAUACCUUCAGAACCUGAGGCAUAUCUGGCAUAUUAACUGCGCCUUGCUGGGAAACUGUCACUUACUGUGGAGAUUGAGACGUCCGUAAUGAUCUGUUCAAUAAAUUUAAAUUUGAUGAAAAGUUUGGGUGUAAGAAUGACGACAAUGGCAAAUUUGUAAAUUCUUUGUCCCAAACCACUUAAAAUGUUGAAUUGAAACCUAUCUGACUGACUUAAAAGACUAACACUUGGAAAAGUGGAUCAGUGAAAACAAUUCUAUUACACAAUAUAAAACGAUACAACAUAGGGAGAGUUACGAUCCUAUUUAAUCUUAGUAAGAAAGAUUGUAGAGUGGGCACAUAAAGAAGUUUUAGUUGACUCAUAAGAGUCUGCUUUCAGUACUGGUGCGUCACGUGGUGUGAUGUUAGACUUAAUUUAUGCAUUGCAAGGGUUAUAUACAGUAGCUUGGGAAUAUUUAUUUGAAAGUUUUCAAUGAGAGUCACAAUGCUACAUGAGCACGAACAAAGGAAACUUUUAGUGUCUAGGAAGCACAAAUGUGCUCACAAUGUUGAAUUAUUUCCUCAGUGGACAGAGUCUAUGCAUUUUCAUUGAUACUCCAGCUAAAUAGGCUGCAUGGACUGAGCUUUUUUCCCCUAAAACAUAUUUUAUGUUAUUUUUCAUGUUUUAGUUGAUAGAUUUUGUAUGUUUUGUUGACAUACUUAUUGCACAGUCUUUUAAGCUUUUUAUUGACUGUAUUUUUCUUAGCCCUGAGUAACCAUGACCGUUUUGAUUUUUAGUGAGUUUAACUUGUGUUCUGUAAAUAGCUAAUUUGUCUACACUCAACUACAAUAUAUUAUCUAGUGUCAGUCUUCUUCAAAUGGUUCAGUUUGAUUUUUCCCCCUUAAUUAUUUUAAAGAUAACAAGAACUGCACUGUCUUUGUUCCACAAAUGACCAAGAACAUUGUGAUGUCACAUCCAGACAUUUCAUUAGUUCCAUGUAGCCAUGUAUGUUGAUUCCCGUGGUUGUUAUUUAUGUAGAGAAACAUGCUUGACAUUAUGGCAUUUAAAUAAAGCCUAUAACUUUGAAACAAA